AGCCUCAGCCCCUCUAUCUUCCUUAAAUAUUCUCCUCCACCACCAAAAGUCUCUCUAUUCUCACCACUGCAGAGGUGACUAGCUCUCCCUGCUAUUAGAAGCACCAAUGGGCGAAGAAGAGAAACACAAUGUGGAACAAGAAAAGCCCUGCGGUUACAACAUAAAUGACAACGCCGACUUGCUCGCCGAGAUCCUCGCCCGCCUCGACGGCCGUUCUCUUUGCGCCGCCGCUUGCGUCUGCCGUCUCUGGGGUGCGGUCUCCCGCAAGGACGCCGUAUGGGAAGCUCUCUGUAACCGCCACGUCUCCUCUUCCGCCACGGAUUCCUCCUUCCCCGGCACCCGCACCGUCGUCGCUGCUCUCGGCGGCUACCGGCGGCUCUACCGUCGGUGCGUGGGCCCCAUCUUCGACCGUCUCGCCUCCUCUGGAGAUCAUGGGCCUCAGUCGUCGGCAGUUGCUGCGGCGGCCGCUGCUCGGCUCUCUCUAUCGCUAUUCUCGAUAGAUUGCUAUGAACGGCUUAGCGUCGGCGGCCGGCAGCGGCCGUCUUCUUUGCUUUUCCUUGGAAGUGCCGUUGAUGUCACGUGAUGUUUAUGGUUAAGGAUAAGUUGGGUGCUUCGCGGAGUACCGCACAAAUCUUGAUGUUUUAUGCUUUUAUUAUUAUUAUUAUUAAAUCAUUAAAAAUGAAGAAGUUUGUUUUUA